UCUUCAAACAAAAAACAAACCAAAAAAUAGUCUCUAGUGUCUUGCUAGUUGCUACAAACAGCUAGCAAAUUAAAAAAUCCACACAAAAAAUAUUUUAAAACUCACUCUCACCAAAUGGCGUCAAUUCAGCUCUCUUCUCGUUUUCUGGGCUCAAAUACUAAAAAACACAGCUCCAUUUCCAUCUCUCGUAACUACUCUCCAACCCCAUUCACCAGAUUAUUCUCCCGCAAGAGGUUUAUGUCGUGCUCGAUGUCUAUGAACGGAUGCGAGGGUGAUUUCAAGACGCCACUUGGAACAGUGGAGACGAGGACUACGGCGACUGUUUUGUCGCCGGAAGCCGCCACUGAGAGGUUAAUCUCCGCCGUGUCGAAGCUGAAAUCUCAACCUCCGUCGUUUUCCUCAGGCGUCGUCCGGUUACAGGUGCCAAUUGACCAGAAAAUCGGAGCAAUCGAUUGGCUUCAGGCACAGAACGAGAUUCAGCCUCGGUGCUUCUUCUCUCGUCGCAGCGACGUUGGUCGUCCCGAUCUUCUUCUCGACUUAGCCAGCGACAAUGAUAACGGAAACGGAGGAGCCUCCUCUGAUCGUAACCUGGUUAGCGUCGCCGGUAUCGGAUCCGCCGUGUUCUUCCGUGACCUUGAUCCCUUCUCUCAUGAUGACUGGAGAUCCAUCAGAAGGUUUCUGUCUUCUAAGUCACCUCUGAUUCGUGCGUAUGGGGGAAUGCGAUUUGAUCCCAAUGGAAAGAUCUCUGUAGAAUGGGAACCUUUUGGUGCAUUUUACUUUGCAGUGCCUCAGGUUGAGUUUAAUGAGUUUCUAGGAAGCUCAAUGUUGGCUGCAACUGUUGCUUGGGACGAUGAGCUCUCUUGGACGCUGGAAAACGCCAUUGAAGCACUCCAGGAGACGAUGCUUCAGGUUUCUUCUCAUGUAGUGAAGUUACGGAGGGAAUGUUUAGGUGUAUCUGUUGUUAGCAAGAAUCAUGUUCCUACAAAAGGGGCUUAUUACCCUGCUGUAGAGAAGGCUUUGGAGAUGAUAAAGCAAAAGAGUUCAUCCCUUAGCAAGGUUGUGCUUGCUCGCAACAGCAGGGUCAUCACGGAUACCGAUAUUGAUCCCAUUGCUUGGCUAGCACAGUUACAGGGUGAAGGGCAUGAUGCGUAUCAGUUCUGUCUUCAACCACCAGGUGCACCAGCUUUUAUAGGAAACACGCCUGAGAGACUUUUCCAAAGGAGUCAGUUAGGUGUCUGCAGUGAAGCUUUGGCUGCAACUAGGCCUAGAGCUGCAUCAAGGGCUCGUGAUAUGGAGAUAGAGCGUGACUUACUAACCAAUCCCAAAGACGACCUUGAGUUCUCUAUUGUACGAGAGAAUAUUAGAGAAAAAUUAAACGCUAUAUGUGACAGGGUAGUUGUUAAGCCCCAAAAAACUGUGAGGAAGCUUGCAAGAGUGCAACACUUAUAUUCUCAAUUGGCGGGGAACCUUAGGAAGGAAGAUGACGAGUUUGACAUCUUGGCUGCUCUGCAUCCAACUCCAGCUGUUUGUGGGCUUCCAGCCGAAGAAGCCCGGCUUUUGAUUAAGGAAAUAGAAUCAUUUGAUAGAGGAAUGUACGCCGGGCCUAUUGGGUUUUUUGGUGGUGAUGAGAGUGAAUUUGCAGUCGGAAUCAGAUCAGCUCUAGUUGAAAAGGGUCUUGGGGCAUUGAUCUAUGCGGGGACAGGGAUAGUAGCAGGAAGCAACCCAACCUCAGAGUGGAAUGAGCUUGAUCUAAAGAUUUCUCAGUUCACCAAGUCAAUUGAGCAUGAGGCAACAACAACUCUGCAGCCGAUUAACUGAAGAAGAGUAGCAUUUGUAUUUUCAUUGUAUUAUGGGAAUGGGGUUUACAGUAGAAUCAAUCAAUGUGUGUUGUCUUAUCUUGUAAAUAAAAAGAAUUAUUGCUGGAAGUUAUGGGCUUUUCUGAUUGUUAAUAGGCCACGUCUUUCUUUGUUGUAACUAGGCCGGGCCUUUUCUGAAUGUUAAUCGACCGAGCCUUUUUAUGAUUGCUAAUGGGUUUUCUA